UAGAGAAUAAGAUAAUGUAGGAUUAAUUACUAAGGAAAAACUGCGUAUCCAAUUAAAGAAAUGGAUGGCGUUCGUAUAUAUAAAAAGAAAUUUCACGCAAAUCUGAUAUUCAGCAUUGAAGUGAGAAAUGUUCUUGAGUAUCUACAGAGGCCGUUCGAAAUGAAGCAAUACAGAGAAGACAUGAUUAUAACUACGUCGUUGUUGUUACUGAGUUUGGCAACCGUUGUCUUGGGACAUGGCAGACUAAUAAAUCCGCCUUCCCGGUCCACUGCAUACAGAUAUGGUUUUAACACACCAGUAAAUGAUAUGGAUCAUCAGCUGAAUUGUGGAGGAAGCUGGAAUCAAUGGGGUAUAAACAAUGGUCGCUGUGGUGUUUGCGGAGAUCCAUAUCAAGGUCCACGCGAAAACGAAGCUGGCGGGAAAUAUGCGACAGGGACCAUUGUACGUAAUUAUAAGGAAGGCCAGCAAAUAAAUGUUGAAAUUGAAAUAAGUGCACCCCACGCUGGCUGGUCAGAAUUUCGACUUUGUCCAAACAACGAUGUACACAAAGUCGUUACACAACAAUGUUUAGACCAGUAUCUUUUACCGACACUUAGCGGAGAAACUCGAAUUGUACAUCAGGGUAUUGCGGGAAUAAUAAGAAUAUCACUUGUUCUUCCACCCGGUCUAACCUGCACUCAGUGUGUAUUUCAAUGGAAAUGGAACACCGCACAUGAUAACAACUGCGACCUCGUGACUCAUGAAUGUUGCAUGGGAUGUGGACCACAAGAACAAUUCUAUGGCUGCGCCGAUGUUUCAAUCGAGCAAACCUCAAACGGAGGAUCUGGGACGACAAACCUUCCUAUCCGCAAUACUCGACCAAAUGCUUUCAUCCCGAUUGUUGGAUAG